AUGCUUUUACACCGUUUUGGUACCAUGGCACAUAUAAUUGCUUCGACGGAGCUAUUUUGCUGCCGGAAACGAGUGGGGCAUUUGACGGAAGACGAGCUUGUGGUGCAAAAUGCGGUGGAAAUUGCACGCGAGCUGCAGGCCAUCCGCGGAGUCGACGAGAAUGCUCCGCCGGAGGAGCAGGCGAUCUCGCGUCGCAACAUCGUGCGCCACCUGGAGUCCUCGAAGCGCUCCAUGUAUCGGCCGAAGACCGAAACACUUGAUGCCGCCUUCCGCAAGCGAUUCUUCGCACUGUCCAGCAUUCAACCGGUGGAUCGAAGCAGCAGCGAGAGACGUCUCACACUGCGGCGCAACACCAUUCGGGCCAUCGAGCGACGUCGCAACUCGAUCUUCGGCGCGCAGCAACAAACUAGCGACGUAAGCCUUUUUCCUGAGGGCUGGCGCACAGCCACAUCGCGCGCACGUUCACAUUUAAAUCGCUCGACAUGCAGCAGCUGGCAACCGGAGUUCGCAGCUAUACAGCUGGCAGCGACGAUGCGUGCCUAG